AUGUUUCAGCAUCCGUUUUAUCCUCAUCAGCAAAACCAACAAACUUUUCCAAAUAAUCGUGGCCCAACAAAUCAUUUCAUGCCACCUCGUCCGAUGUUUUUUCGUUCGAAUGGUCAUGCUGUGAAUCAAAGUACACAUAACUUAAAUUUUAACCGUGAUUUCGAACGUUUUUCAAUGCCACGCCAUGGUUUUGCAUCCAUACCACCAGGUAGAAAUCAAUUUUUUGAUUUUAAUACUCUCAAUUGUGAACAACAACAGCGAUGGAGACAAAAUAUGACUCGAACACAACAACAGAAACAUCGACGAACACCCGCUUUUCAUUUUCAAGAUAAGGCAACAUCUUAUUUUAUGACUGAUCCUAUUAAAACAAGUGAUAAUCGUAUAACUAUUCAAUUAACCAAAGUUCAUAUUGGACCUAACGGUGAUCAACAACGUGUUUUUGUAGAACAAGAAUUUAGUAACGAAAAGGAAUUAAAUAAAUUUGUUCGGAAUUUAAGACAAAAUUUUGAAAAAACAUUUAAUAAUCGCUCAUCUCAUCACAAUAGUAAUGCAGACGACAGUAACAGUACGGAUACAAAAAAGCCUGGUGUCGUUGUCGUAGAAGAGCCCGAUGAAGAACCGAAAAUUUAUCAGCAACAAGCCUACAAUGCCAAUAUCGAAUCAAAAGCAGCUGCAGCAUCUUUAAUCACUCCACCAAUGUCUCCAGCACAGGACGAAGUACCUCAAACACAAGAUGAAAAUCAUUCUCGAACAUCAAGUCCUCAACGUCGUCGAACAAAACAUGCAUCGUCAUCAGUUUCUCAACUAUCAUCAACAUCAACAGCACGUUCGAAUCGACGUCGUAGAAAUAAAAUGAAAUAUCGUCGACAAAAACCCGACCAUCGAGAUGAACCAAAACCAUCGCGAGCAUGUCCCAUGCCGAAUUUCUCACGUCAAUAUCCAGUGACACAGACACCACCAUGUUUUCAACAAAGAUUUUUUCCAAGAGAUCAUCCCUUUCAAACGAAAAAUCCAUUUACUCCACCAACAAAUCUAAAUUUUCAAUGGAGAUACAAUCCAAAUGCGUAUCCAAAAGCUCGUUCACGUUCAUUCGUACCAACGGUGAAUGAUAACUUUGCUCAAUCGUCGCCAACAGCACCACGUUUUCAAAAUAUGGCCGAUCCAUUUUUUCAAUCGAUGCAUGCACCAAAAUUUACUCGUCAACGACCAAAAGAAUUUCAUUUACCACCGUCCCCUACAAAAUUUCAUCGUUCGCAUCGUCAAAAAUCAAAUCAACCAACAACAAUUACAGAGAACAUUGUCUAUCCCCCAAAUCAACAACAACAACAACCGCGUGUUCAACGUACAAAGUCCGAUUCUCGACAUUUUGAAAACAAACAACAACACAGAAGUCAAAGUACAACAAAUCACUUUCAACACUUUUCUCCAUUACAACAACAGUCUAUUAUUCAUCGACAUUUUACACCAUUUCGUUCACCACCUAUGAUAUUUCCAACAGCGCAUUCAACUACACCAAUGUUCUAUCCCAAUCAAAGAAGACAAUUUGGAAAUAUUCAAACACAAUUACGUUUAAUAAAUCCUUUUCGUCUAAGUACAAAUCGUUUUUAG